UCCUUCUCACGGUGUCAGGUUGCUCCUCCAUAGGGGUCCAAGUUCUCAAUUUAAAAUUAUCUGGAACUAGUUUCAGGGAUUGCUCAUCCCCAUAAAAGGGUUUCUGGCUAGGAUAGGAGGAACUGGGGUGAAGACUGUGAAGGGCUCUGCUUACAGCACCAUGAAGACCUUCCCCAUGGCUUCUGUGGUUCUCCUGGUUUUCAUCCUGAGUAUCCACCUUGGAGCUGCCACACGCAGUUGUGACGUGGCCAGGUACUGCUGCCUACAAUUCAGCCACAAGACCCUUCCUUGCAACUGGGUGCGAACCUACGAAGUCACCAAGAACAGCUGCCCCCGGAAGGCUGUGAUAUUCACUACCAAAAAAGGCAAGAAAGUCUGUGCGCGUCCAAUGGCAAAGUGGGUGAAAAAAUGCAUUUCUUUUCUGAAAGCUCAGCGACCUCAGCAAGCUCAGCAACAACUGUGACUGCUGUGAUUCUGGAAGACGCCAUGUCAAUUUCUUAUUCCUUCUGAUCCUCAGGCCAGCUUUCACUCCCUUUUGACAGGAGC